AUGCUCGUCAAGACACUCAUCACCCUCGUCUCGAGCUUCGCUGCUCUGGCCAACGCUGCUCCUGCUCCCGGCCUCGGCGCGUUCAAGCAUGACACCGACCACAACGGUACCAACGUUUUCAGCAGCAGCGGCCUGCCCCACAUGCUGUUCCACGACUGCAAGGGCGACAAAUACGUGACCAAGACCACUGCCGGCUCCCCGCUCGUCGAUGACUGCCGCCACAUCGCGGACGUGAUCAUCCCCGACUUUGACCAUACCCCCAUCUGCUGGUCCUGGGCCAGCACCAUCCCCAGGGAGAUUCUCAGCUACGGCAGCUGCGCUGUCAACAUUGCCAGCAAGCUCGACAAGUACCCCAACGGCGACUUGAUCGAGUGCUGCAACAAGGACAUUCAGGACUUCAUCCACUACGCCAUUGACAACUUCCGCUGGACCACCCCCGAUGGCCACCUCGUUGUCGGCGCCGAGGGCUACGCCAACUGCCCUAGCGACUUCCCUUCCCAUCUAAGCUCUGCCGUCUACGGUCUUUACCACACUUAA